CCCUCAAUUUCUCCCCCCUCGCGCCAGCAGCAUCCGGGUCCUUCCGUGCGGUGCAGCAGGUCGGUAGGCGGGAAAUGGCGACGGGCCGCUGCCGGGGCUGCUGCUGAGCAGCGGUCAGUCCCGGCCGCUGGGGAGCUGGAGAAGGAAAGGACGGGCAGGAAGGAAGGGGAAACCGAAGGAAGGAAGGAAGGACGGGAAGAAGGAAGAAGGCGAAGGGCUUCCAGGGACGCCCUUCCCUCAGAAGCCUCCCUCUCGCGCCCCUCAGAAAUCCAUUUUAUAGUGAGCAAUGCCCAAAUGAUUGUCUACUCCCCUCUCUGGAAAAAAGAAGUCUUUACAUGUGAUACCAACAAAAUGAGGCUGAGAACGCGGAAAGCUUCUCAGCAGUCAAAUCAAAAUCACACGCAGCGCAUGUUGAGGGUGAAGAGGAAGUACUCGGAGGUAGAAGAAAGCUUACCUGUUGGCGGAGGAAAGCCGCAGAAAAAUGAAACUGGCUUAUUGUCUUCCAUCAAAAAGUUCAUCAAAGGAAGCACUCCAAAGGAUGAGAAAGAACACCCUGCAAAAAGAAGUAGGAUCGAGCGGGAUAUAGAUGACAGCCUGAUUAUAUCCACUUCGCGAACAGGAGACAAACCGAACAAACAACUCCCUCGAGUGAGGAGGAAAAGUCAAGUGAAUGGAGAAGCUGGAAAUUAUGAAAUGACAAACCAGCAUGUUAGGCAAAAUGGGAAGUUGGAGGAUAAUCCCGCCGCCGGCAGCCCCCCACGGACUACGUUACUGGGGACCAUAUUCUCUCCUGUCUUCAAUUUCUUCUCACCAGCAAAUAAAAAUGGUUCGGCCGGCUCAGAGUCUCCUGGCCAAGCUGUGGAGGCCGAAGAAAUCGUGAAGCAGCUGGACAUGGAGCAAGUGGACGAGAUCAUUACCAGCACCGCUGCCUCAGCAAACGGGACCCCUUACGCUAGCCAAGUGGCACAGGUCAGAUCGACAAUCAACAACGGCCUGGAGGAAGCCGAGGACGUGACGGAUCGCGACCUGCCUCCACUCACUGCACCAGUGUCUCCCGACAGCGGCUACUCAUCAGCUCACGCAGAAGCCACCUAUGAAGAAGACUGGGAAGUCUUUGAUCCGUACUACUUCAUCAAGCACGUCCCCCCACUUACAGAAGAACAACUUAACCGGAAACCUGCUCUUCCACUGAAAACGAGAAGCACACCAGAGUUCUCCUUAGUUCUAGACUUGGAUGAAACUCUAGUACACUGUAGUCUAAACGAACUAGAAGAUGCCGCACUCACAUUUCCAGUUCUUUUCCAAGAUGUCAUUUACCAGGUUUACGUACGAUUAAGACCAUUCUUCAGAGAGUUCUUGGAACGUAUGUCUCAAAUCUAUGAGAUCAUUCUUUUUACCGCCUCUAAGAAAGUGUAUGCAGACAAAUUGCUGAACAUUCUAGACCCUAAGAAGCAGCUAGUGAGGCAUCGGCUUUUCCGAGAGCAUUGCGUUUGCGUACAAGGCAACUACAUAAAGGACUUAAACAUCCUCGGCAGAGAUCUCUCCAAGACGAUCAUUAUUGAUAAUUCACCACAAGCCUUUGCCUAUCAGCUUUCAAAUGGGAUUCCAAUAGAGAGCUGGUUCAUGGACAAAAACGACAACGAACUCCUAAAACUGAUUCCUUUUCUUGAAAAACUUGUAGAGCUGAACGAGGAUGUCCGGCCUCACAUCCGGGACCGCUUCCGCUUGCACGACUUGCUGCCCCCGGAUUAAUCCGCGCAUGUGACGCCUUAGUCAGAUGGAGCGCAAGAGGAAGAAAACGCAGGACCCUUUUAUGUGUUUGUUUCUUUUUUGAACUGAAAAACGAAAAAACAAACAUUGCCAUUACUGUUGAAAUUUUGCAUUUUUGUACCCUCUCGCUUUUUCUUAUCUCUGGCGCCCAGCCGCCAUUGAGGGUCACGGAAGGACUUUCUAUUAUCGCCAAACGGAACCCAUCCCGUUCCAUGCAGUACGUAGGCUAGAACAGACCCGUCUUUAGAUCUAGUGCGACUCCAAUUUGUUUUGGUUUUCUUUUUCUUUUGUUUUUUAAUGUACAGGAUAUAUAUCUGCCGUUUAUAAAGAAUUCUGUUUCUGCCACCAGCAGUUUGACCUAUUAAAAACACAGGAUUUUAUGAUAAUAACAGAGAUUGAAAAUGGACACUGGUUUUCUCUCUGUUCGGUGCUCUUUCUCUAAGUGGGUUUGUAGCCACUUCGUGUUCCUUUUAAGAGUCUCAUUUCAACAGGAAUGGCCAGUAAAUAUGUUUUUCCCCCUCCUUUCCUCCCGUUUAAGGUUUAUAACGUUUUUUACAUUUUUGAACCUGUAUUAGGAGUUUAGGAUUUCAUUAUGCAUUCCUUUUAGUUUUGAAGCGGCUUCGUAGUUGUUUUUUCCUGGAAAUAGCCAAGUUUUCUUAGGGUUUGUUUUUAUUAUUAUUAUUAUUAUUAUUAUUAUUAUUAUUAUUAUUAUUGAACGGCCAUCUUUUUUCCCCUCUCCGCUGCUUUUGUCUGCCUGCCUAUUGUAUAUUUGUUUAAAAAACAAAAACAAAAAAUAUUACCUAGUUUUAUUCCAUGUAAGUUUCAUUUAUAUAUAUAUUAUAUAUAUUAUAUAUAUUAUUUUUGUUUUGAUUUUUUUCUGUAAUAAUAAUAAUAAUAAUAAUAAUAAUAAUAACAACAACAAUAUUCUACUGUAGUGGAAAAAGAUCUUUUUCAAAAAGAGGAAAAAAACAAAAACAAAUCAAGAGACUGGCUAGAUGAGAAGAAAUAUAAGAAUUAUUAAUAAUAUACAGAAUAUUUAAACCAUUGUGAUGGCAUGUGCUUUGGAGGGCGGCGCGCAGGUUCACGGACCGGGAUCCAAGAGGAGGAAAAGGAAGCAGAGCGUCGCCUGCAAGGAACCCAACACGGCGAAGGGGGAGAGCAACUCGGAUCCAGAAACUCAUCAGCCUGCUCUGCAGAUGGUCACAAUCAGUCCUCGGCAUUUCGCACAUUUCACAGGGAAUGGCGCCGAUGCGGUAACUAUGCAUCGCCAGAGAGAGAAGGUCCUUCCCAUACACUCCUUUGGCCCCUUUCUCCCCUGAACGUGCCAUCAUAGUGGUUUUCUAUGCGAUAUGGGAAUGGCUUCCAAGCUGCGGCCCCCUCAUGCAGUGCGUUCACGAGGCCAAUAUUUUUGUAACGGAGCGUUGUCUCCUUUUUAGGAGGAGGCUUUUUAUGGAGAAAGGGGUGGGGGGAGAAUAAAAAUUUGUAGACGUUAGUAAAAUUUUGCCUCUUAAGACAAAAAUAGAAACUGCAUGGAGGGGCAGCCAUCGGCUCUGGGGGCCAUUUGUGUGUGUGUGUGUAAAGGACGUUGCAGAAUGGCACUUUUUCUAAAGAGAAGUUUGAUAUUUUGUAUGCUUGUUAAAGAAAGUACAGUAUUGGAAGAAGAAGAAGAAAAUUAAAGGUGGACAGCUGAUAAUUAAGAAGUAUGUCAAUUAAUUUUUUAAUGUAUAUGACCUGUUUACUUGUACAAUUUUUAUUGUACAAAAAAAAUGACACACAGCUUCAUUUUCAAAUGAGUCCUUAAAAUAAGGAAAAUCUUUUUAGGAAGACGUUUAAUUUUUGUAUUUUUUUGAUUUUCAAAAAGAAGAAGAUGAAAAAGGCAUGAGUUAUGUCGACUUUUUUCCAAUGUAUUAAUGAAGAUUUUAACUUUUCAUCAGGUUGCGUGUUUUUCUUACUAUAUUCUCUGUUGUAUAUUGUAGCUAGCACAUUGUGUCACAGAACUGUUUAAAGAAAAAAACAAACGUUAGCAUGUAGAGCAAGCCUGCUUUGUGGGGGGGAAAAUCAUUAUUUGUUUGCGACAGAAAAAAAAAAUACAAAAUUUAACGGUGGAUUUUCUGCACUCACACCAAUAUGGAGAAAAGCAAUUGCUAUCCAGAAUGCUGACUUCUUUGUAAUGUAAAGAAAGGUAUUUUGCUUGCAGAGAAAUGCUACAGAGAAUCUUUGAAAUGUAUUUAUCGUUAGGGCAUCCUUACUCUGUUUUUGUCCUUUGAUGUCUUUAUUGAAAUCAAAUGUACAUACGGUUACAUUUCCCCAUAUAUAUCUCUAUACGGAGGCAUAUAUAGAGAUAUAUAUAUAUAAAUAUAUAUAUAUAUAUGUGCGAGUGUGUUUGGAGAGAGGCGGUUCCUGGAAAUGUUCCCUUUCCGUUUUUUGUAGAGAUAUUGGAUUUGGAAACAUUUUAAGUUGGGGAAGGAAGGCUCCAUGGUUAUCCUUAUGAGAAAAGCAAUAGGGGAGGACUCUUGACUUUCUCUUUGGCCCUUUUUUUCCGUGUCAGGAGCAACUUGAGAAACUGAGAAAAUGGGCUGUCUCUAAGGACAUUGCCCAGGGGAUGCCCGAGUGUUUUACCAUCCUGUGGGAGGCUUCUCUCAUGUCCCUGCAUGAGAAUAUAUAAUAACAACAACAACAACAACACUUUAUUUAUAUUCCACCCUAUCUCCCAAGGGGACUCAGGGCGGAUCACAGUACACAUACAUGGCAAACAUUCAAUGCCGUUUUGGAUAGACAAUACAGAGACAGAACAGAAAGGAAGUAUGUUGUGCCAAAGUCCAGCUUUUUGGUGCCUUGGAAGGUUGUGCUCAAAUCCAGCCACAGGGGGAUGCUGUCGCUCCAUCCUCUAUGACGAAGAGCCAUCAGGACUUCCUCCUUCCUUUUGGUUGCCAGGCAUUUUCUGAUCUUUUUUCUUUAUGGUGUCAUAAAAUAUCUCCCUCACUUGUUUUAGCGGUUUCUAAUUUCUCUAAUUACAACUUAAGCUGUUUUCAAAUUGCUUGCUUACGUCAACAGUAAGCUGGGCUUACAGUCAGCAGCUCACACUGACCUGGGGCUUUAAACUGGCAACCUUUUGGAAGCUGAAGCUGACAGAUGGGAGCUAACCCUGCUCCCCAGAUUCGGUCAGCAGUCCCGCUGGCACAAGAGUUUAACCCAUUGCACCAACAGAGGCUCCUAUUUGGGACUUCUGGCAACCAAGAUACCACCACUCCUUUAUUAGUUUAAAUUGGUCAUGUUUGGGUCUGUGUGCCAAGUUUGGUCCACAUUCUUUUCAGAAACAGGAGGUUGAUGCUCACUCUUUCUGAGUAGAAAAGGUACCUGACUAUUCUUCCGAUGGCUUUUCUGCUCUUUUUUACUCUGGCUGCCCUUGAAGGAGGGUUUUCAGUAGAAAAAAAGGAGUCGCGGUGAUGCAAUGGGUUAAACCUUUGUGCCGGCUGGACUGCUGACCUGAAAAUUGGGUUGCUGACCUAAAGGUUACUGGUUCGAAUCUGUGAGACGGGGUGAGCUUCCGUCUGUCAGCUCUAGCUUGCAGGGUCAUGAAAGAAGCCUCCCAGCAGAAUGGUAACACAUUCCGGCGUCCCCUGGGCAACGUCUCUGUAGACAGCCAAUUCUCUCUCAACAGAAGCGACUUCUAGUAUGUUCUCAAGUUGCUUCUGAUAUGAUAAAAACCGAAAAAGGGCUGCUUAGAAAGGAGAAAUGUUAGAGGAGGACCCACCCCUCAAAGAGGCAAAAUGGAUAUUUCUAGCAAAAGUUUUUGUUGACUAAAAUCUGCUGCAUCUAGAGCAGAGCUUUCCAACCCUUUCAUGUUGGUGACACACUUUUCGCAACACAGUAAUUCAGUUUUAAUAGCAAACCGGACGUUAAACCUGGACCCUUAUAAGAGAUACAGACAUAUACAUAAAUUGUAAUAGCAAAAUAUAGGGGGACGGGAGGGGACAGCAUGUAUUGUGAAAACCUUUAAUUGAUUUUUGAAAUAUAUGAUUUGUACAAUAUUUGUCAGUUCUGAAUAUAAUUGCACAACAUGCCGACACAGAGUUUGGAAAGCUGUGAUUUCGAGCAUCAGAUGCUGUCCGCAGAAAUGUCUCCACCCUACUCCCAGUUAGCCUGAAAGGUGUUACUAGAUUCCUUUCUGUGUUUUUAAGCUAAACCAGACUGUCACGGCGAUGGUUUUCAAUGCCGCUACACAGUAUUAUGGCACAUUAGUCUGUAUCAAGGCCCCCCAAGAUGUCCUCCCCUGGUAUGAUAACCCCUUUUCUUCACCCUCGGUGAGAGAAUGGGUUGAACAUUUCUCUGCGACUUGAAGGAACACUGUACAGUCUUCCCUUUUCCCAGCCCUUGUGCAGUUCCACAGCUCUGCCCCAUGAAACCCACCUGUUCUGCUGCUUUUUAGUUCCGCUAAUGCAUUGCAUAUGACAAACCUACCUGGUCUGUGACUUCUGAUCACUCAAAAAAGGAGGAGGAAAAAUACAGAAUUGACUUUUUUUUUUUGGCGACCUGGGAUGAUGAGGAAUGUAGGGAAAGUGAUGGUCCUUUUCUGGGACAACCAAAUCAACCGUUGCAGGCUGCUCUGUAAAUACAUAUUAAAAGUAUCAUUUUGUAA